AAAUUCCUAUUGGCGCCAAUGGGAAAGCUUUCAGAUCCCAAGGGACCACAGGAUCCGCCCCUGGAUCCUGUGGCCCCUUAGGACCCGAAAGCUCCCCCAUUGUUUCAAGCAUUCAGGAGAAACAGAGUUUUGUUUAGUCUUAGAAUCUUUUUUUUUACAUGAUGUGACCAAAGCGAGUUGAGAAUAGAUAGCACAGGGACAGUGUGACUGAGUCCUGGAAAACAAUUGCACUUAACGUUUAAUGGUCUGUAUAUUUAUUUAUUUAAUUUAUUUCUUCCUUGGGAAAUUUAUAUGGCCUGAGAUGAUUCCAAAGUUCAGUGAUUCUAGAUUCUGGAAAUAAAUGGCUCAUCCCACAAAGUCGUAGGCACAUGCGUAAAUCCUAUGCAGGCUCGACUUCAUGUGAUUUUUAUUAGUUAUGGGCCGGAUCCUGUAAAGGCUUACGCGGGUGAGGGACUGCUCCUACGACUCCCAGGGUUCACAUGUCUACCUCUUUACAGGAUUAGGCCCUCGGUUAACAAGAAUGACAGGAGGGCACAAGGUUUCCCCAGAAUGCACUGCAGUUGAGAUAGUCAAGGGGAGGAGUAUUGCUAGCCCUUUCUUCCCCCCAGUGAAUGCAGGAGGAUCCUGUAGGAAGGCUUGGAGGUACUGUAUGUUCCUCUCUUUACUCCAGGGUGAAAAAUGGUGAGGGACCAUGGGGAGAAGCUCCAUCUGCCCCCUCCCCCAAUGACCAGUUCCUCUCCAUGAGACAGAUUCCUCCUGACCCUUCCUUCCAUGGCUGCCCCACUUUGCACCGCUUUGAAUAAUGUUAGGAAGUACGGCCACUUUUAUUUUAUUUUGGAGGGACUACUUUUUUUUUUACAGAAGGUAGAAGAACACCCACCCAGGAAGCAGCCCUUAGUGAUGUGACCAGCACAAAGGGAGCCUUAAACUGUAGCAGCAGGAAAAGCGGUGUUUGGCGAGUGAUGUCCUUAAAAUGAACGGGUGCUUUGAGGGUGUUGGGCUGCGAUGCCUUUUUAAGGGCGUCAGCAUGGCUGCCCCCAAGCCUCCAAAAUACCUCCUAGCCUUUGACUUUGAUGAGACCAUCAUCAAUGAGAACAGCGAUGAUUCCGUCAUCAGGGCCGCUCCGGGCCAGGCGCUUCCAGAGCACAUCCGCCAGACCUUCCGGGAUGGCUUCUACAACGAGUACAUGCAGCGCGUCUUCGAGUACCUGGGAGACCAAGGGGUCAAGAUGCUGAACUACAAAACGGUCUAUGAGAACAUCCCGCUGUCUCCUGGGAUGCCAGAGCUCUUCCAGUUCCUCUCCAAGAACCAAGACCAGUUUGAGAUCAUCCUCCUCUCCGACGCCAACAUGUUUGGCAUCGAGUGCACUUUGAGAGCCGCCGGUGUCUACUCCCUCUUCCGCAAAAUCUUUAGCAACCCCUCUGGGUUUGACAAGAGGGGCUACCUCACCUUGGGGCCCUAUCACACUCACAAGUGCCACCAGUGCCCCGCAAACAUGUGUAAGCGCAAAAUCCUCACUGAGUACCUGAUGGAGCGGGCCCAGGAGGGAGCCGAAUUUGAGAGCAUUUUCUACGUCGGGGACGGGGCCAAUGACUUCUGCCCUUCCGUGGCUUUGACUUCGACAGAUAUUGCUUUCCCGCGGAAGGGCUACCCCAUGCACCAGAUGACCCAGGAGAUGGAGAAAAAGCAACCCAGAGCCUUCCAGGCCAGUGUGGUUCCCUGGGAUUCGGCUGUAGAAGUUUGCCGCUAUCUGCAGGAGCUCCUCAAGGGGAAAUGCUGAGAGGGACUGAUGGUUCGGAAGAGACUCCUGCUGCCCUUGAGGCAGCUUGGGGGCAGUGUGCAGGAAAGUGGGAGGUUCAGGAGCAUCUUCAUACCCAGUGGCUGAUGUGACUCCAUUUCUAGCUUUGCAGAGUUGGACUCUUUGAACUUCUGGAUUUCUUCCCCCGCCCCCUACUUUUUUUUUCUUUUAAAAAGCACAUUCUCUGGGUCCCCUUUUCUCCCCCCUCCUCCCAAUCUGGAGACAAGGUGUUCUCUAUGCAGGUUGUACACCCGUUCAGGAGAGUGGGUGUUCGUCCGAGAUCUUUAUUUUUACCUUCA